CUCCUUUAAGCAAUCACUAAUGACAUUAAAAAUAAAAGCAAAACUCAAUUCAAGGACGAAAGGCGCUCGACCUCCAACUACCGUAACUGAGGAAGAGAAGCGCCUUAGAAACAUCGCUCGCCCAGAUUCUUUCUAAACUCACGGCAGCUCCGAAUUCCCGCCGGCCUAUUGGCCCCUCCUUGGCACCCUCCUCUCUUCUGAUUGGCUCGGGCGCUUAACGUCACGACGCUGCUCUAUCCCGAUCCACGGGCUUCAAGUGUCUCCCCCCCCCCCAACCAUCCGAGCUGGGACCGCCGCUCCCAGGAUGCCCUGCGGAUCGACUGACGAGGGGGCGGAGCUUACCGUCGCUCCUCCUCUUCCCUCUCCGGCCGCCCAGGCGAGAGACGCGAGGCCGCUUCCUCCGCGCGGACUCCACUCCCCAGCAUGCCUCGCGCGGGGUCAGGGAAGCGCUUCCGGCUGGAGGAGACCGUCGGCUGUAAACAUCCCGGUAGGCAGAGCAAGGAGGGGGGAUUUUGUAGGAAAAUGGGCUUCUGUUGUUGUUUAGGGCAUUUGUGGCCCACCUUUUCCUCCAAGGGCCUCAAGUCGGACAGCCGAACGCUUCUCCCUCCCCGGUUUAUCCGCGCCACAACAACCCUGCGAGGUGGGCCAGGCUGAGAGGGGGAAGGGGCUGCCAGUGGGCCAGUGUGGUGUAGUGGUUAAGAGCGGUGGACUCGUAAUCUGGGGAACCGGGUUCGCGUCUCCGCUCCUCCACACGCAGCUGCUGGGUGACCUUGGGCUAGUCACACUUCUCUGAAGUCUCUCAGCCCCACUCACCUCACAGAGUGUUUGUUGUGGGGGAGGAAGGGAAAGGAGAAUGUUAGCCGCUUGGAGACUCCUUGGGGUAGUGAUAAAGCGGGAUAUCAAAUCCAAACCAAGCUAGCCUCCUCAGCUCCUCAUUCUUCAUUCUUCUUCUUCAGGAUCUGCUUGACCUACCACCUGUCAAAGCAAUCAGUCCUGAGGCUGCUCAGUGGUGCCAAAAUGGCUCUUCCACAGGAAUGUGUCAUGAAGAGCUGCCACCCAGAUGAAGUCGUGCGAUUGGGCUUUGUGAGGUAUAUUAGCAGCACUCUUUCCUUAUGAGCACCGAAGCAGUUGGCAGCUGGAAUUUGCAGCUGAGAGAUCCCCUGUCCCUACUCCUGCUAGCUAUGCCCCAUCAACCAUAGGCUAGCGAGCAUGAGCAGUUCCAAGCCCUGUGAGUGUAGUGGUCUACAGAGGCGGUGAAGUCUCGACAAUCUGGGAAACGCGGGUUGGCGUCUCCAGGGCUCCUCCACCAUGCAGCUGCUGGAUGACCUUGGGCCAGCUUCACACUUCUCUGAAGUCUCUCAGCCCCACUCACCUCACAGAGUGUUUGUUGUGGGGGAGGAAGGGAAAGGAGAAUGUUAGCCGCUUUGAGACUCCUUAAAGGGAGUGAAAGGCGGGAUAUCAAAUCCAAACUCCUCCUCCUCUUCUUCUUCUUCCGUGAGAGCUUCAAGGACUGGGGUGGGGGGGCAACUGUAGGGUUGCCGCCUUUGUUCUGGCAAAAUACGGGACAGGGUAGGGUGGAGACGAUUAUAUUUAAGACAGGAGUGCCUGGCGUGCUCUGGUCCAUGGGUUCACGAAGAGUCGGACACGACUAAAUGACUAAACAACAACAUACAGUCAUACCUCGGGUUGAAUGUGCUUCAAGAUGAGCACGUUCGAGUUGCGCUUCGCGGCAACCCGCAGACGCUCAAAAUGAUGUCAUGCGCAGAAGUGCCAAAAUGUGAUGCGCGGAUGCGGGUUACGUUUGCUUCUAGAUGUGAACGGGCCUCCGGAACGGAUCCUGUUCACAUCUAGAGGUACCACUGUACAUAAAAGGUAAAGGGACCCCUGACAGUUAAGUCCAGUCGCGAACGACACAGAGAACAAUUUUGGAAGACUGGAAGUACAGAGACGAGGUCUUUAUUCCAGGCAUUUCCCCAAUAAUCCCAUCACAUUGAACAUCCAGGCUUUUAGCUGAGGGAUAGGGAAAGAAGCAUUAAAAGAAAUUAAUGUUAUUAACUUGCAAGAUUUAUAUACAGUGCUACCUCGGGUUACAUAUGCUUCAGGUUACAGACUCCGCUAACCCAGAAAUAGUACCUCGGGUUAAGAACUUUGCUUCAGGAUGAGAACAGAAAUUGUGCUCCGGCGGGGUGGCAGCAGCGGGAGGCCCCAUUAGCUAAAGUGGUGCGUCAGGUUAAGAACAGUUUCAGGUUAAGAAUGGACCUCCAGAACGAAUUAAGUUCUUAACCAGAGGUACCACUGUAUACAUAUACAUAAAAGGUAAAGGGACCCCUGACAGUUAAGUCCAGUCGCAAACGACUCUGGGGUUGCAGCGCUCAUCUCACUUUACUGGCCAAGGGAGCCAGCAUUUGUCCGCAGACAGUUUUUCCGGGUCAUGUGGCCAGCAUGACUAAGCCACUUCUGGCAAAACCAGAGCAGCACACGGAAACGCUGUUUACUUUCCCGCCGGAGCGGUACCUAUUUAUCUACUUGCACUUUGACGUGCUUUCGAACUGCUAGGUUGGCAGGAGCUGGGACUGAGCAACGGGAGCUCACUCCAUUGCGGGGAUUCGAACCGCUGACCUUUCAAUCGGCAAGCCCAAGCAGCACAGUGGUUUAACCCACAGCACCACCCGCGUCUUUCAUUCAUAUAUAUAUAUAUAUAUAUAUAUAUAUAUAUAUAUAUAAUGAUUUUCAGUUAUAUACAUUUCAGUAGCUUUACAAUCAUUCUAACAUUUCAAAAUUUGAGUUCCUUUCUCCUCUUUCUGUGGUUCCUUAAAUUUAUUUUUUUACAUUUCCUGCAUAUUCUAAAUUAACUUAUUAUUUUAUUCAUCUACUUUAAAUAUAUGCUCUUAUAAAACUGCAGAUUAUGACUAUUGAUUGAUUGAUUGACUGAAUUUAUUUACUGCCCUGUACCCAGAGGUCUUAGGGCGGUUCACAGAAAAGAUCACAAUAUAUAAAAUCAAAACAAUAACUCAAUAACACCCCUCCAAAAAAGAGCCACAUUUUAAAAGAGUAUAGGCUGUUGAUCAGGUCAACCAAAGGCCUGGUUAAAAAGGAACGUUUUUGCCUGGCACCUAAAGAUGUAUAACGAAUCCUGCCAAUGGCCAUAUCUGUUUACAGUUUAUAAAUAUUCAACAAACCAUUUCUAUUCUUUUAUAAAAAGUUUGUUAUCUUGAUUUCUUAUUUUUCUGGUAAGUUUCACCAUUCUUGCAUAUUCCAAAAGUUUUUGUAUCCAUUUUUCCUUCGUCGGGACUUCUUUCCAUUUUGGGUCAAGUAACAUUCUUGCCGCUGAAGUCACAUACAUGAAUAAAUUUCUAUACUGUUUAGGUAGUUCUACCCCUAUAAUUCUCAAAAGGAAAGCUUCUGGUUAUUUUACAAAUGUUAAUUUAAACAUCUUUUUCAAUACAUUGUAGAUCAUUUCCCAGUAAGCUUUAACCUUACUACAAGAUAAAUAUGCUUUUUCUCUUUGCAUUCCCAACACUUAUUUGAUUUUGAUUUAUACAUUAUUGACUAUUUACUCAGUGUUAAAAAGGUACCCCUGCCCGUAUGGGCCAGUCGUGUCCGACUCUAGGGUUGUGCGCUCAUCUCACUUAAGAGGCCGGGAGCCAGCGCUGUCCGGAGACACUUCUGGGUCACAUGGCCAGCAUGAUGAAGCUGCUCUGGCGAGCCAGCACCAGCGCAGCACACGGAAACGCCGUUUACCUUCCCGCUAUAAAGUGGUACCUAUUUAUCUACUUGCACUUAGGGGUGCUUUCGAACUGCUAGGUGGGCAGGAGCUGGAACCGAAAGACGGGAGCUCACCCCGCCGCGGGGAUUCGAACCGCCGACCAUACGAUCGGCAAGUCCUAGGCACUGAGGUUUUACCCACAGCGCCACCCGCGUCCCAGUACUGCACCACCCGCGUUACUCAGUGUUUGAUAUCAUCUAUAUAACAUUUUCAUGUAGUUUUCUCUUAAACCAUAGCAUGCUGUAAAUUCCAUAAAUUCUAUUGCAGCCUAACAGUAUGGCCCCUCUGGAAUUUGCCACACGCAAAUACACACACACAUACACAUGAAUUUGUAAAUCUAUCUGUGCUUGGCUAUCCACAGCUGAAAUACAUGACAUUUCACACACCCUUUCAAACUCAUGUAUUUGGAAAGGAUCCCUAACUUGGCAGAGAGAGAGAGAGAGAGAGAGAGAGAGAGAGAGAGAAAAGACCUGAAAUACAGGACAAAACUGUAUCCAUACAGGACAUAGCAUUAAAAUGAAACUGAAAUAGGAGACAGUCCUAUAUUAUACAAGACAAGUGGCAACCCUAGGCAACUAAAGCACUGGUCUCUCCUUGGUCAUAAUAAGACACACUCCCUGCAGCGCCCAGGUCACAUUUUAAUAGAAAAAAAUAAAUAAGUGGGUUUAUUUUGCAGUUAUGUGGUUCCUUUGGGAAGAGCUGUAGCCCAUUGCUAGAGCACAUACUUUGUAUGCCGAUGGUCACAGAUUUAAUCCCUGGCAAUUUCAAUAGGGCUGAGAGAGACCCCUGCCUGAAAUACUAAUUUCUGAACACCCCUAACUGUAGCUAGUAGUGAGGCAUAGAAUAAUAGAACUUUAGAUUGAUAGGAACCCUGAGGGUCAUCUAGUCCAACCCCCUACAACGCAGCAAUCUCAAUUAAAGCAUACGGGACCAUCUAACCUCUGCUUAGAAACCUCCAAGGAAGGAAAGCCAACCACCUUCUGAGAUGGUCCAUUUCACAGUCAACAGCUCUUACCCUCAGAAAGUUCUUCCUGAACUUCCUUAUUGUUAGAAAGUUCUUCUUGAUGAUUAGUUGGAAUCUCCUUUCUUGUAACUCUGUAGGGUUUGAGUCCUACCCUACAGAGCAGGAGAGAAUAAGUAUGCUCCCUCUUCCAUGUGACAGCCCCAACUCCCUCAACUGUUCCCCAGAAGGCUUUGUUUCCAGAUCCUUGACCAUCUCGGUUACCUUCCUUUGCACCCAUUCCAGUUGACUCAUGUGAAGCUUGUGGUCUCCUAAGACCCCUCAAUCCACUUGACAUGUAUUACUGGCAAGCCAAGUGUCCCCCACCUGAUAUUUGUGCGGUUGGUUCUUCCUGCCUAAGUGCUGAACCUGACAUUUGUCCCUACUUAAAUUCAUUUUGUUAGUUUGGGCCCAGUUCUCCAAAGUGUUAAGGUCAUUCUGUUCUCUGUGGCAUUAGCUACCCCUCCCAGUUUGGUGUUAUCUGCAAAUUAGAUAAGCACCCCUCAAUUCCUUUAUCCACGUUGUUUAUAAAGAUGUUGAACAACAACGGGCCGAAGGCAGAACUCUGCAAUAACCCAUUUGUCCCUUUUUUCCAGGAACCCUUUGUGAGCACACUUUGGGUUCUGUCAAUCAACCAGCUACAAAUCCACCUAAAAGUAACCUCAUCCAGCCCACAUUUUACCAGAUUCUUCGCAAAAAUACCAUGGGGGACUUUGCUAAAAGACUUACUGAAAUCAAGAUACACAACGUCCAUGGUAAUCCCAUGAUCCACCAAUCUUGUAACUAUCCAAAAAAAGCAGUGAGAUUUUUCUGGCAUGACUUGUUUUUGAGAAACUCAUGCUAGGUCUUAGUAAUCACAGUAUCCUUUUCUAAGUCUCAUAGACCAAGUUGGGCACUACUUUCCUUUUGGGUGAAGACAGAGGCAAAGUAGUUGUUGAGCAGUUCUGCCUUCUCUCCGUCCCCCAAUAGCAUUUCUCUGUCAUCUUCACAGAGAGGACCUGCGUCUUGCUUUUUCUUCCUCUUGCUUUGAAAGUAGCCUGAGAAACCUUUUUAAAAUUAUUUUUAACCUCUCUUGCAAGCCUGAGCUUAUUCUGAACUCCUGUCUGACCUCCCGGCAGCUGGGUGUGCUGUGAGGUCUGCAACUGCUGUCCUUGUUCCUCUGGCCUAGAAUUGAUGUCCAAGGUGAGGGCAUGGAAUCAGUUUUGCAGCUCAGGUGAUACAGUUUGCACCCAACCAGUGCUAAGGGCAGUUGGGAGGGAGGUUACACCAUGGUUAGUGGUGCCCCUUGGAGGAGACAUUCCUUACGUGGAAGGGCUGUAGCGUAGUGGCAGAGUACCUGCUUUGCAUGUAGAAAGUCCCAAGGUCAACCCCGGCAUCUCCAGAUAAGCAAACCCCUGCCUGAAACUCUGGGGAGCUGCAGAAUUCGAGACCAGGGAGAAGAGUCGGUGGAAGAAGAUUGGAAAAAAUUUAAAGUAUACUUACAGAAACAUUGUAAAAUUAAUGAGUGUUAGAAGGAUGCGGGAAUGAAUUAACAUGGUUUUAGUAGAAAUGCAACAAAGAAUUAAGUAAAAGUUGAUUGACAUUGGGUUAAAUUGAAAAAAUUUAAGGUUAGAUUGUUAAAACUAUAGAAUCAAAAUUGAGAAAGAUGGGAAGAACUUGCUGAAAUAGUGAAUUGAACUAGAAUACAAAAAAAGGGAGGUGUGAGGAGGUCGAUGAAAUAAGUUAAGGAAAGGUAAAGAUAUGGAAUAUUGGUUGUGUUUUUUAGUUUCUCUUUUUUGUCUGUUUUUUUUUCCCUGUACUAUUGUAUGGUUUUUAUAUGUUUUAUGUGUUUUGUUAGUGUUUUUUUCUACUUUAUUGUUAUUUCUUUUUUUUCUUCUGUAAUUCUUAAACUUUUAAUAAACAUCAUUUUUUUUAAAAAAAGAAACUCUGGGGAGCUGCUGCCAGGCAGUGUAGGCAGUACUGAGCUCAAUGAGCCCAUGGUCUAACUCAGUAAAAAGCAGUUCCCUGUGUUCCUUUUACAGAUUCCACUUGGAGCUCAGAUUGGGGCCUCACCGGACCAAGUCCUCCCAGGGAAUCGGACGCCAUGGCUCUCUCUGAGUGCUACAUCGCAGUCAAGCUGGCAGAUCAACCGCUGGCUCCCAAGUCCAUUUUGCGCCUGCCAGAAACGGAGCUGGGCGAGUGGCCCUUGGGGGGUUGCAGCAUCUCCUACCUGAAGCAGCUCAUCACAGGGAAGCUGCAGGAAUCUGUCCCCGACCCGGAACUCAUUGGUGAGCUGCUGUUCUUAACUUCCUGCCAUAUCAUCAUCACCAUCAUCAGAACUCAAGGUCAUGAAAUGCCCUGGCCACACCUGCACCACACAUUUAAAGCGGUGUCAUGGCUUCCCCCAAAGAAUCCUGGGAAAUGUAGUUUGUUCAGGGUGCUGAAAGUUGAUCAGAGAUCUGCACCCCAUUCCUUUCACUGAGCUACAGUUCCUGGAGUUCCAGGGAAGAAGAAUCCAGGUCUCUCAGAGACAAGGCUAACCACUCUGUUUCGUGCAGGUGUAGCCAUUGUUGAACGCCAGCUCCCACCAUCCCUGACCACUGGGACUCCAACAACGAGGCCAAAUUCAAAGUGUUACUAGAAAGCACUUAGCAACUAGGGACUAGUGUGCCCAUGCGAUCUCCUUGCCCUGCAUGUGCCCAUUCAACAGCUUUGAUUGGUGGAAUUCACCCAAUUACAGGCGCCACAUAAGACCCACUCCACAUUUUUAAGAACUCGAUCCUUUAGUGUGGCAGCACCUAAACUCUGGAACUCCCUGCCUAUUGAUCUCAAGCAGGCACCUUCACUGUAUUCCUUUUGGUCUCUGCUAAAAUGUUCGUGUAAAUUGAAAAUUGAUCUUGAUCUUAUGUUUUACCUUUUUGCAAAGCGCUUUCAGGGUUUUUUCUUUUUACAAUCAACCAGUGUAUUAAUUUUUAUGAAACAAACAAUCAGACAUCUGGAGGGGGGCACCAUGUUGUCCAGCUCUGGUUCAGAAAAUGGUGCUGGUACCUCCCCGGGCCACAAGCCCAGCUUUUUCACGUGUUCCAUGCUGCACUGCCUGCCUUUCAGAUCUGAUCUACUGUGGACGGAAGCUGCGGGAUGACCAGACACUUGAAUUCUAUGGCAUCCAGUCCGGCUCCACAGUCCACGUCCUCCGAAAGUCCUGGCCAGAGCCAGAACAGAAGCCAGGUAAGCAGGGAUGGGACCAACCACUUUGGGAACCACUGGUCCGGUGCAUGAAGGCCAAGAUGUCCCUGCAUCAUCAAGUCCCUGCUCUGUGUCCCCUUCUGGCACCUCAGACAGUGGAAUUGCAGAAUAUGCUUGACCCUUGUCUCAUGGAUGCCUGCUGCUGCUGCUGUCGCCUUUUGCUGACUGAUUCCACCGAGUGUCUGAUCUCCUGCUCUGCCCUUCUUCCCCCCAGAGCCAGUGGACAAAGCUGCCGCAGUUCGGGAGUUCCGGGUUCUGCACACCGCUCUGCACAGCAGUCCUGUCUUCAGGGAUUCGGUGAGCAUGGCUGAAUCUGUUCCUCCUGGGCCCAUUGCGCCCCUUUCGCAGGGAAGUGGGAAGCGUCGAUACGUUGCGGCUGCUGUUCUCAAAGGCAGCAUGUGGCUUUCUCUGUCAGCCUUGCUGAUUUCUCUGUGUCCCCCACGCAGGUCUUCAAGAUGCUGGGGAACAAGGAGUCGCUCGAUCAGAUCAUUGUUGCUACCCCUGGCCUCAGCAGCGACCCAGUCGCUUUGGGUAGGUAGGCUUGGUGUGUAGGCAAAGACACUGCCAUUCUGCGUUUAUCUCAGGCUGUCAUAUCUGAGCUGGCAAAAGUUUGACACUUAGGGUUUAACUGUGUGAGGUCAACCCGUCUUGUCUUCUUCAAACCCCUCCUACCACCUACAACAGGUACUAGAAGCAUUGCAAUCAGGCCUGCCAGCCUGCCUUCUGUCUGUCUGGAUACUGCCUUCAAUUCACCUUAUCAUCCAGUUUUCUGACCCCCUCCCCAAACCAGGUGGUCAGUCAGCAUGUUAUGCCCACUGAGCACGCUCAGUCCACAUUGGGCUGGCUUUUUAUGGGGUUCUCCCCGCCAAAAUGUACUUAUGCAUACCUUGGGGUUCCUCUGAGUCUUCUUGGACUUCUCCCUUGUUCAAGAGUGGUGCCAAUUUGGUGGGUGAUGGCAAAGUAAGUGACAGGGCUCUCCCUCUGUAGACUGGAAAUAGAGGGGGUGAUGAUUAGAUGGAACCCUUGAAUACAAGUUCAGGGAGGGGGGCCGGGACCAGUGGGGUACACCCAUUUGGGAAGUAGGAUUUUGGAAAAGGAGGACUAUUGAUUUGAUCCAGGAGUGUUUCUGCUGUAUCCUCAGAGGUUAGACGGCCAUCUGCUGCGGAUUCUUUAGCUGUGAUUCCUGCAUUGCAGGGAGUUGCACUAGAUGACUCUGCUGUUCUAUCAUUCAGUACUCUAAUCUUCAGUACUUUCAGCUGGAAGGAGGUCCUUGUGGUUUCAGUGGAUCUUCUUUCUAAGUAAAUGUGCUUGGGGCUGCAGCAAAAUGUUGUUGCACUACUCCUACCCCUAGGAAAACACUAAAUUAAUGAGAUUUCCAAUCAUAUUUGGCUUCCUGACUGAUAGGAUUGAUUGCUUCAUGCCAAGUCAGUUUAGGUAUGUUUUGCUUACAGGCUUCAGGUUUGCACUUUUUAAGGGAGGGGUUUCCCCUGCGGUUUCAGACAGGGCUCACAGAUGGUGUUCGAAACUCCCAUUGUUCUAGGCGUAUUUUGCAACAGAGAAUUUCAUUAGUGUUAGUAGUUUCUGAGCUCUGACCACGGUAUUGCAGGUUAAAACUGCAGAGUGGAAGGAAAGGAGGACUUUCUUCUGCCUCCCCACUUUCAGCUACUCUCUGAAGUCUGGAGAAGAGACUCUCUUAAGAAUAUUAGAGUAGUGGGCAGGGAAAGGACUAGACCACGUGAAAAAUGAACAUAAUACUUUAGCUGCAGUUCAUUCAUUUUCAGCUUUGUAUUCGUGUUAUAAAAAAGUGUGCCUAGACAUUUUCCUGUUGCACCCAUAACCUAGGCUCAUGGUGCCAUUUAGCUCCUAGCUUUCAUAUACAGUGGUACCUUGGGUUACAGAUGCUUCAGGUCAUGUGUUUUUGGGUUGCGCACCGCGCCAAACCCGGAAGUACUGGAACAGGUUACUUCUGGGUUUCGGCGCAUGCGCAGAAGCGCUGAAUCAUGCUUUGUGCAUGCACAGAAGUGCCGAAUCACGCCCCGUGCGUGCACAGAUGCGGUGCUGCGGGUGCGAAUGCUGUGGGUUGCGAACGUGCCUCCUGCACGGAUCACGUUUGCAACCUGAGGUUUCACUGUAUCAGUUUCUAACACUGCUCACAUAUUCCUGUGCACCACACUGAGAUCUUCUGAAGUAUAUAUGGUAAGUUUUCUUCUGAAGUAUGUAAAUUCUGCAGUAUGUAUAUUUAAUAAUAAUAAUAUUUCUUAGUGGAUAGGAUGUUGCAGAUUUUUCUUGUUGAUUACAAUAAUUUCGUUGUCUGACAGGUGUCUUGCAGGAUAAGGAUCUUUUCUCUGUCUUUGCUGACCCGAAUAUGUUGGACACGUAAGUUUUUGUUUAAACAUCAUAGACCUGAGUCCUGGUGUCCUCCUGAGUCACUCCAGAGAAAGAUUUUCACAGACAAAACAGAUUUCCUGUUGUAGGAGCUGGUUUCUGCCAUUGGUGGGGCCAGGGUAGAUGUCCUUGGAGGGUUCUGUGGCUGUUGGGCCUCCCCCAGCUUGCUUGUUCUUGCCACCCUUUCUAGGCUCAUCCCAUCCCACCCUGCCUUGGUGAAUGCCAUUAUCCUGGUUCUCCACUCCGUGGCCAGCAGCACCCCCUUGCCUACGGGAGAGACCUCCUCGCGCAGCAUGCCUUCCAGCUCCUACCGGGAUAUGCCAGGUGAGUGAGGCACUCCCACUUGGGGCACAGAUCUCUCAGGGGCUGAGAAGCAAAUGUAAUAAUAAUAAUAAUACCUUUAUUGUCAGUGAACAACCUGUGUACAAUGAAAUUAACCGAGCCUCACCCUCCACCCCACAAACACUCAAUCUCAUUGCGCUCUGUGUGCUUGUCGCACAACACACCAAGCCUGAAAGUCCGUUGCACUAUAUUAUUUUCUGUUCAGCAACCUAACAGCCCAUGGAUAGAAACUGUUUUUUAGCCUGUUGGUACGACUAACUAUACUUCUGUAUCCCCUGCCUGAGGGUAGAAGAUUAAAGAGGUUUUGGCCGGGGUGUGAAUCGUCCCUGAGAAUUUUUCUCGCUCUCCUAAGGCAUUGAUCCCUUGCGGGCUCAGGGGACAGCCCAUGAUAUCAUGUGUUGUGUUCACCACCCUCUGUAAAGACUUUCUGUCCGUGGAUGUCAAGCCAACGUACCACACUGUGAUACAAUAUGAGAUGACACUUUCUAUUGUGGACCGGUAGAAGGAGGUCAUCAAUUGUUGUUUAAAAUUGUUCUUUCACAAGACCCUGUGGAAAUGGAGUCUCUGUUGGGCCUUCCUAACCACCUGAGUUAUAUUGUUUUUCCAAGAGAGGUCUUCACUAAGGUAAACUCCCAGGAAUUUAAAGGAAGAGACUCUCUCCACACAACCCCGCACCCCGCUAUACAACGGGGCUAGUUCCUUUCUCUUCCUCAGAAAGUCCAACACCAUAUCCUUUGUCUUGCUAAUAUUUAGGUGCAAGUUAUUCUCGAAGCACCAUGUAGAUACUCUUUGAACCUCCCCCCGUACGCUGAUUCAUCUCCACCCGUAAUUAGACCCAUUAUGGUAGUAUCAAAUGUAGUGCAUUUCUGAUGUUUUGUAAUUCUAAAAUGGGGAGUUCACACAUCAGAAUUUGUGCCGUCGGUAUUGAAUGGUACCUGAGUUUGAGGAGAACCCUUUCCUUCCCUCUGGUCUCUUUUCUUGGGCAGGUGGCUUCCUGUUUGAAGGUCUCUCUGAUGAUGAAGACGAUUUCCAUCAGGUAAUGUUGAAAAAACCUGAGAGUUGCGUUGGGUGUCCCUGUGAAGGACACAAGGCCAAAGGACCAUCCAGUCCUGCCUCCUGUUCUGUUAGAAUUCCUGCUCCAUGAUUGCAGUCCUGGGAUUUAUGUCCAUCACAUGACGGUGCAUGUUUUGACUCCACAGAGUGGGAAGUGAUAGAGGCAGGAUGUUUGUGUUACUGUGUUCCAUGAAGUGGGACUAUUCUCCUUUGUUCUCUUUUUACUGUCUGAUGCUAGAGAGAGAGGGAGCCAUGUUGCAGUGCUCUGUGUGUGUUUAUAUGUAAAUAAAGUAGAUUAGCCAAAAUGCUGAGUUGCUGAGGUCUGUCAUGCAUGAGCUGCGAAGACUCUGCGGAUCCUCCUGAACGAUCGACCAGGAGAGAGGGAACAUGCCAGUCGGGCAUGUGUCUCUGCCAGGGUCCUACUCGAGUGUAGGCUGAGCUCCUGACAUGUGGGAAACUACAGGGCCAACAAGAUGCCUCUUCUGACAAGCCCACCCGCAGGACAGGAGGGCGACUGUACUCAACUCAAUUGUGGUGGCCAUCAACUGACAUUUGGAAGCAUACGGCCUCUGUUAUCAGAGUUCAGCACACAGAGUUCAGGGCACACAGUUGCCCUGGCAAAUAGCCAUUGGUAGCCGUAUGCCCCAUGAAUGUGUCUAAAUUGUUCAAAAAGCUGCUCAGGUUAGCAGCAAUACCUACCUCUUGCAGCAAAUUCAGUAGUUUCACUCUGCUUGGAGGGCUUCCUAGUGUUUCAUUUUGUUUUGAAUUGCUCACAAUUGGGUUUCAUUGGAUGGUCCUGAGUUAUAGGAUUGUGAGAGAGGGAGAAAAGCUUUCUGCACUAUGCCUAAUAUUAUGCCUUGAUCAUGUCCCCUCUCCUUACCUUUUAGUUCAAAAAGUUGAAAUAUGUCAUCUAUUAAUGAAUAUGCAGCAAGACCACACAUUGCCUUGAAAAAUACGUUGGGGUUGAAUUUAAUAUGACUUGUAAGCUUUGGGAGGGAGCUGUCAGUUUUUUAUAUUUUGGAGCGCCUUUUGAAUAUUAAGUGCUACUUAGAUUUUUCAGCACUGAAUGGGAAUCUCUCAAGAGCGAAGACAUACGCCCCCGACUCUCAAGUUCUUGAGCUGCCUUGUUCAAAACACAGCCUAUACCACCAAAUACCAGGUGCUUGGGGUAAAAACAGCCUUCUUGAUGGGCUUCCCAGGGGCUUCAGGUCUGAUCCAGAAGGGCCUUUCUUACGCUGGGCAGUUGGGAUGAGCUCUGUAUCGACUGGAUUUGCCAGGAUGCAACUGAAUUGCACUCAAAAAUAGCAAGAGUCUAGAAGCUGAUUCCUCCUGUUGUUUGCAUCGUGAGAGAAGUGAAGUAGGAGCAGAAUGAAUGUUAGAAUAGCCCUGCAGAAUCAGGCCAGUGGCCCACCCAGUCAAGCAUGCUGUCCUCACUGUGGCCCACCAGAUGUCUCUGCGGGAAGCCACGAGCAGGAUCCGAGCACAAGAACCUCUCCCCUUCCAGCAACUGGUAUUCAGAACCAUUUAUGGCUCCCAACAGUGGAGGCAGAGUGCAGCCAUCUUGGCUCGGAGCCACUGAUAGCCCUCUCUGCCAUGAAUUUCUCUUAAGUGCGCUGAGCGCUUCCUGGCUUAUCCUGAUGUGCGAAUGCAGCCAGUCUAUGAAGUCAUCCAAAGAUCUCCCGGAACUCUUCAGUAUUUCCUUUCUAGCGAGGAAGCAGGUGUCUCUGUGGCAGGCAGAGACUCCUCUAGUGGGGAUUCUGAAUGUUCCCAGCUGGUUCAGAAAUAGAAUCACUCUUUAUAAAAUGGAACCCGGAGGCACCGCUCCUGGUCUCUGCUCACUUGGGUUGGGGAGUCAGCUGUGCAGUUGAAACAAACCUUUUUGUGCAAGCAGUAAGCAGCAUUUCCUCUUUGCUCUUGCAGAGCACAAGGACCACACCUUCCAGCAGCACCUCUGGGUCCCGCCCAGCGUCCCUUGGCUACACUGGGGCAGCCGGCCCCCGGCCCAUCACCCAGAGCGAACUGGCGACGGCCCUGGCUCUAGCCAGUACCCCUGAGAGCAGCUCCCACACUCCGACCCCCGGGACCCAGGUAAAAGGGAAGCAUGGGGUGCGGCUGGAUGCUGCUGGGCACCUUCCAGAGGCAUUCCUGGAGGUUGGACUAGAUGACCUUGGGAGGACCUUCCAACUAGGAUUCUAUGGUAUUAGAAAGACCUGGGGUGCAGGCCCGUUUCCUGCCCAUGCUGUAUACACACAUGUGCUUCUAUGCCAAGGGUGAGGGGUUUAUUCUCCAGCUGAGGGCCACAUUCCCCUCAUUGACAACUUGCUGGAGGCCAGGGGUGGGAGGGGCCUGGCAGAAGAAGCCCUGGGGCUUGGGCCCUGUAACCUGAGGUUCUUCUUCUUCUUCUUCUUCUUCUUCUUCUUCUUCCUCUUCCUUUUCCUUUUCCUUUUCCCAGGGGCAUUCUUCAGGCACGUCUCCGAUGUCCUCCAGCGUCCAGUCAGGAACGCCCAUCACCAAUGACCUCUUCAGCCAGGCCUUGCAGCACGCCUUGCAGGCUUCCGGGCAGCCAAACCUUCAGGUCCGUAACCUUCAGGCGCACCUGCCCACCCCAGUGGCGCAGUUGGCUUGGCCGAUGCCGUCCUUGCUUUUGUGGCCUGGGCAGCGCACUGCUUCCACAAGCCACUUUUACAAGGAGGGCUCCUUUGGGAGAAAGGGUGGGGUGGAAAUGUAAUUAAUAAAUAAAUCAGCCUGGUGACAUUACAUCCUCUUUAAUCACCCUACGCAAGAUGGGUUAGGCUCAGGGCUAGCAACUUGCCCAAUUUCUUUAUCUCUCCCCUACUCUGUCUCCCCUGCUUGAAGCUAAUUCAAGUGAGCAUUUAGUUUCAUGACACCCCAGCAGGGCCAGGGAAGCCAAGCCUGAGGCUGCCUGAGGUGAUUGCAGGCAGACCUGGAUUUGCCCUGGGGAUUUCCUGUGAGUUAAGCCUAGUGUUCUUCAGCCUCCAUGUGCUCCCUCCUUCUCCCUGAGCAGCUUUAUGAGGUGGAUCAGGUAGACGAUUAUCUUGAUUGAUUAAGGUCCUAGGGCAGGUUAUAGCAUUAAACACAACAUUUAAAACCAUGGAGAAGGCCCUCUCCCCUUGUCCCCCAUCCCUGCAGGCAGAGGAACUCUGCUGGUUUCAGCACCCACCCCAAAGUGCCUUUAAGGAAGGAGGUGGCCUCAGGUAUUUGGGGCCUGGGUCAUUUAGGGCUUUCAAACAUUCACCUUGAAUUGGGCCUAGAAAUGAACUGGCAACCACUGACUUGCCCAAGAGCACUGUGCCAACUUCUGCAGCCCUGGCUCUGGUUCUCUCCCACUGCCCCUCCAAAUCCAGCCAUCCCACUUGACUGUGUUGGGACUUGGGCUAACUCUGCUCCUUCCCUCUCUUCCGCCUACAGAGCCAGUGGCAGCUGCAGCUGCAGCAGUUGCGGGACAUGGGCAUCCACGAUGAUGAGCUGAGCCUCCGAGCCCUCCAGGCCACUGGGGGCGAUAUCCAGGCCGCUCUGGAGCUCAUAUUUGCUGGAGGAGCCCCCUAAUGUCUCUGCAUGCUUACCUGCGUGCCUCUGACGGAGAGGCCUUGGACCCUGGGAGGUUAUUCUAUUGCGCUUGAUCCCUGUACCCACUGAGCCCGUCCUUGGGCACCCGGCACCCAUCAUUGCCCUGUUCUCCAUCCACGCUGCACUGGGCCAGCCCAGAAUCUUCCCCACCCUCCACUUUUCCUUGUCAGAAGAAAAGCCUUUUUCAGGCAGAGGGGCUGAUGGACAGCAACAAGGCAGAAGCUCUGACUUUGGGAUGGAUUGUGAUGAACCAGCAGCUGCUUCCAGGGCUGGGUGCCCAUGUUCCCCUGUGGGAAGAAGAUCGGGCACUGCCCUCUCUGAAGGGAUCCUCCAUCGUUCUGCAUAACUUGCAUGCUUUUUCCUCCUGUGUUCAUGACUCUUGUCUAAUUUGUAUGACUCUCAGGCACCUUAAUUAAAGCUGCCCUUCUCCCAACAGGCUGUGCUUCUGUUGUCCUAUAAGGUUUUGAGCCUCUGGUGCCCAGCUGACAGCCACCUAGUGCUCUCAUGAAACAAGGGUGGAGAUCCAACAAAGCUGAAUGUUGGAAGAUUUAGGGCAGGACUUUUCAUGGAGUGCACAGUUGAGGCCUGGAACUGGCUCUCCCAAGAGGCAGGGCUGGCCACCUGACAGCUUUAGAAGAGGAUUGGACAAAUUCAUGGCGGAGAGGGGGAUCGAUGGCUACUAGCCCCCAUGGCUAUGCUGUGCCUUCACGGUCAGGCAGCAAUGCUUCUGAAUGCUAAUAGCUGGAAACCACAGGAGGGAGAGAGUUGCUCUUGUGCUUGAAUCCUGCUUGCAAGCUUCCCACAGGCGCCUGGUUGUCCACUGUGAGAACAGGAGGUUGGGCCAGAUGGGCCAUUGGCCUCAUCCAGCAUCCACCUUCUGGUGUUUUUAAGGGAGGACAAAAGGCAGAUCAGGAUUAAGGCAGGAACUGUAGCUGAGUGCAGAGUGCCUGCUUCGUGCAUGCAAAAGGACCGAGGUUCAAUUAUGGCAUCUCCAGCUCCUGGAUUUUUUGAAAAGAUCAGGUAGCAGGUGAAUGGGAAAGAUCUCUGCCUCAGAUGUAGGUUUAAAUAUGCAGGUGAUUCCAGUGGACAUCUUCUGGAGGUGCAUGGAGUAACAGACUAUCCUCUGUUAAAAAAUAAAUUUAAUCCAUUAAUAGACCCAUUAAGAAAAUAUAUAAAUAGCUGUGCUAAAUAUGCAUUACAGUGGUACCUCUGGUUGCAAAUGGGAUCUGUUCCGGAGGCCCAUUUGCAACAUGAAUAGAAUGCAACCCGCAGCGGCGCAUCUGCGCAGGCACAGGUUGCGAUUCGCCGCUUCUGCGCAUGCGCGAGAGGUCAUUUUGCAUGUCUGCGCAUGCACGAGCAGCGAAACCCGGAAGUAACCCUUUCUGGUACUUCUGGGUCGUCGCAGGACGCAACCUGAAAAAACGUAUCAUGAAGCAAACGUAACAUGAGGUAUGACUGUACCCUGAAUAUUUAAUAAAAUUAUCAACAUUUAUUUAAUUAG